AACAAACAAGUUUAUCUCCAUGGCUUAUAUCAGUCUUCACCAUAUAGAAGAGAAGUAUGUAUUGUACUAAUAUUGAAGUGAUCAUUUGUUUGUAGCAGUAGUAGUACUAUUAGAAGUUCAUAGGUAUUGAUGGCUUACAUUCCUCCACACAAGCGUCAAUCAUACCAAGCUUGUAGUAGUGAUAGGCAUAAUAGACCCUCACCAAUUCCACAAUCCCUUGUUCCUCAAUUUAGGAGAAAUCUUAGUUCGAGGUUGCCACCCAAACCCUUUUCACAAAGAAGUGGAAAGAUCAUUUAUAAUUAUGCAAAGCAGGCCAUUUCCACAUGGUUUCCAGUUGGUUUGGAUCACAAUUAUCAAUUUCCAUCUUCUGUACAUGUUGACCCAGUUCCCUUGCAGUUUUUUGAGAGAACAACAGGAACAAAUCCACUAGUUUUGUUCAAGAACAACAACAAUCAUCCAGUUGAGCAAGUGAGGAGUCCAUGGGUGUAUAUAGCAGAAAAUGUUGUGUCAGACUUGCUUUCUUCUUUCGAGAAUGUCAAGAAUGAAAAGUUGGACUUGAAAGAUGUCAAGCCAAAGUUGGUUGCUAGAUUUGGGAAAAUUCUUUUUCAUAAGAGCCCUUCAAUCAGCGAAGAAACUAUGAGAGUAGGUUUGGCUACAGAAACUACACUGAGUCAAUUGAGAAGAUCAUUUUACACAAAUAUUCCUAAUUCAUACAUGGCAAAUAUUAAGGGGGAAGUCACCCAAAAGAUUAGAGUUGAUUUUGAAGAGGAGAAAGAUUUAUACCAUGUAAAGUUGUCUGAUGCCACACUACCAGAUUCAACUAUUUCUUGCAAAUGCAGUGUGAUAAAAGAAGAUAAAAGGCUUCAACUUUAUAAGAUUGAACUACACCAAGUGCGUCAUAUGGUCAUAGACAUAUCGUGCCUUGAUAAAAACUUAGACCUAAGGCUGAUGCUAUCCACCAAGAGGAUCUUAACAGCUCUCACUGAUGAUGAGAUGCAAAGCAUUAUAAGUCUUAUUAAUUCUGCAGUUCUAGAUCCAGAUGUGAAGGGUGGGUUGAGAUGGCCCUUGGGGAGGACAUCUUCUGGAGGUAGAUAUUGCGUGGUGGGGGUUUGGCACACAAUAGCUAAAGAUUAUAAAAGUUCGUCAUUGAGGCUGAAAGUGAGACAGGCUGAUCGAUAUGAUUUUAGAACUUCAACUGGGGAAGCUACAAGAGAGAUAAAUCUGAAGCUGAAAAACAUUGUCUCAUUAUUACAGGAACAGGAGGUGGAGGUUAGUUUGGUUUCUGAGAUGCUUAAAGACCACUUGAGAUUGAUAUGGGAUCAUUUCUUAUGCUGUGAACAUUUUUUGUCAUGAAAUAGCAAAAAAGGAGGCGAAAAGAUAAAAACAUAAGGGAUACCAUAAGGGCAGUUUGAAUAUUUUUGACAUGUUUAUGGUGUAUUUGCUUACAUCUUAUGGAAAUUUCAAGGAAAUGGGCAUUGAUUCAGGAUUGUAAUUUUUAGUAUAAGAUGAUAUGUCAUCCUGUAUUGGUCAGAAAACUAUUAACUCAUAGGGUCUUGUUAUCAAUUAUUAUAAAAAUCCAAUAAACUUUGAUAAAGAAAACGAUUAAACCCACUUCCAAGGACACCAAACAUAAUCCAAUUGAAUUUUAAACAUAAGUAGUUGCAUUAAUCUAUGGGAAAAAAACAUUGGUAUACUUUUGCAAGCUAGAAAGUAUUCCAACAUGACAUAGGUUGCGUCCAACUCUAAGUGACAGAAAGAAACCUUGUUAGUAGGAGUUCGUGCAGUAACUUAGCUCAAUUCUACUCGUUCAGUUUUUCAAUCACCAUUGUAGUCCAACAAUCAAUAGCAAAGACACAUUUCACUCAUAGUCAAAGCUACAAAAUAGCAUGCCCAAGUAAGAAGACAAAACAAAAGAGCUUUAUUAACAACAUAAUAACAAAUAAGUCUAACAAAAUAAAUUGUUGUUGCCACCCGAUUAGAGACCUCCCUAAAUCAUUCCAAAGUGCUAAAUCCACUGAUUGAUCAACCUAGAAGGUAACAUUAUCCUCCUUUCCAUGCACUCUUUAGAUUAAGAUAUGUCGUCCACCAAUUCCAACCAUAAUGGAGAUGAGAUCAUUCAUAGCAAACUAGAUGUAAUAUCUGAAAUCUACUUAAAAUUCCCAACAUUUUUACAAGAUUAUGAAAUUUGAGACAAUCUAUCAGCAACAAUUUCAAAAAGAAAGCAUUUAAAAUGUAAUGGUGCGUUUAAAGGACCUUGAACCUACGACUAUUGGCAAAUUCAAAUCCAUUUCAAAAACUUCUUGCUCUAUGAAAUUGAGGAUGGCAUAAGCAUAUGGUCAUGCCUACUGAAGUUUGAAUUUUAGAAUUGGUGCUGACUAGUACCAGACUUAAAAAAAAUAAAAAAGGGAAGGUCCCCAGACCACAAAGCUCCCACUUUCGUGGGGUCUAGAAGAGGUGAUUCGUAGGCAGC